GCUCGCUCGCUGGGCUCAGUGGAUCGAUCGCGAGCUCGGCGGCGGAGAGGAAUCGGUAGGUAGACCAUGGUCCGAUGGGUCGCGGCCGCCGCGUCACCCCCGUCGCGCGCCUCCCCCCUCGCGUGACCAGAGCCGCCGCCGCCGCCGCUGCCGCCGCCGCCCAGCAGGAGCCCGACGACGUGCAGCAGCACCCCCCACCCCCCAUCAAGGAGGAGGAGAUGGCUGACAGCGGCGGAGUCAGCGCCAACAACGCCGCCGCCGGCAACGACGACGAGGAGGGCAACACCGCCCCGUUCCCCGAGACGGUCCAGAUAGGAGGGUCUCCCGAGUACAGGGUGGAGAGGAAGCUGGGCAAAGGUGGAUUCGGCCAUGUUUUUGUCGGCCGGCGUUUAACUGGCGGAAGCGGACGGUCGACAGGCGCCAGCGCUCAAGAGGUUGCGAUAAAAUUCGAGCACAAUACAAGCAAGGGAUGCAACUAUGGGCCUCCGUACGAGUGGCAUGUCUAUUCUGCUCUAGGAGGUACCCAUGGUGUGCCCAAGGUGCAUUAUAAAGGGCGGCAGGGCGACUACUACGUGAUGAUUAUGGAUAUGCUGGGGCCUAGCUUGUGGGAUUCGUGGAAUUCCUCAGGGCAAUCCAUGUCAUCGGAAAUGGUAGCCUGUAUCGCUGUAGAGUCCAUUUCUAUCCUGGAAAGCAUGCAUUCUAAAGGAUAUGUACAUGGAGAUGUGAAACCUGAGAACUUCCUUCUCGGUCAGCCAGGAACUCCCCAAGAAAAGAAACUUUUUCUUGUAGAUCUUGGAUUAGCAACGAAGUGGAAAGAUCUAAGUACUGGAGCGCAUGUUGAUUAUGAUCAACGUCCGGAUGCCUUCAGAGGAACAGUCAGAUACGCUAGUGCCCAUGCGCAUCUAGGAAGAACUGCAAGUAGGAGAGAUGACUUGGAAUCACUGGCUUAUACGCUAGUAUUUCUUCAUCGGGGCAGGUUGCCAUGGCAAGGAUACCAGGGUGAUAACAAAUCAUUUCUGGUCUGCAAGAGAAAGAUGAGCAUCUCACCUGAGCUCCUUUGCGGUAUCUGCCCCCAGCCUUUCAAGCAGUUUCUUGAGACGGUAGUCAACAUGAAGUUUGAUGAGGAACCAAACUACCCCAAGCUGAUUUCUUUGUUUGAUAGUUUAAUUGGACCUAACCCUUCCAUCAGACCAAUCAAUACGGAUGGAGCCCAAAAGGUAGGGCAGAAGCGUGCUAGGCUGGGUAAUGAAGAUGACGAUGGCAGUGCAAAAAAGAAGAUUCGCGUAGGUGUCCCAGCAACACAGUGGAUUUCGGUAUAUAAUUCUCGAUCACCCAUGAAACAGAGGUACCACUAUAACGUGGCUGACACGAGGCUAGAGCCACAUGUGGAGAAAGGAAUUGAGGAUGGUCUGCUGAUAAGUUCAGUAUCAUCAUGUGUUGAUCUCUGGGCAGUCAUUAUGGAUGCUGGAACUGGCUUCACGGACCAAGUCUAUCAAAUGUCUCCACACUUCCUCCACAAGGACUGGAUCAUGGAACAGUGGGAGAAGAAUUUCUAUAUCAGUUCUGUCGCUGGCUCGAAUAAUGGAAGCUCUCUUGUGGUGAUGUCGAAAGGCACACCGUACACACAGCAGUCUUACAAAGUGAGCGACUCUUUCCCAUUCAAAUGGAUAAACAAGAAGUGGAAGGAAGGCUUCUACGUCACAUCGAUGGCGACCUCGGGCAGUCGAUGGGCUAUAGUCAUGUCGCGCAACGCUGGAUUCUCCGACCAGGUGGUUGAGCUGGACUUUCUGUACCCGAGCGAGGGCGUUCACAGGCGGUGGGACAACGGGUACCGAAUCACAUCGAUGGCGGCCACGAUGGACCAGUCGGCCCUGAUCCUGAGUAUGCCGCGGCGCCGGCCGAGGGACGAGACGCAGGAGACCCUGCGAACGUCGCAGUUCCCCAGCGCGCACGUCAAGGACAAAUGGGCCAAGAACCUCUACCUUGCUGGAAUUUGCUAUGGGCGGACGGUGGCGUAGUGUGCCGGACCAGAGCCUGAGGAGCUAUGCAAUUAUGCAUCCUACUAGUAGGGGGCUCUGUUUAUCCAGUCCUCCUGUCGUCUGUUGCUGACCAACACCCAUCAAACCGUCCACCCCCCAUCCCAUUGAUGUAAAUUUCGUCUUCAUUGAUCAGCUGCUGCAGGCUACAUUUACUUAUUACUGCUUUUUGUUUAGCUGUUAAGAAAGAAAAAGGAUGUAGAAUUCAUAUGUAAUAUGUAUCUAGUGCUCCUCAUAUGCUUGGUCUCUUAGGAAUGUCAGGCGUAUUGUAACUUUGGUUUAAUGCGUACCGAACUCACCAUGAAUGUAAACUCUGCCAUGAGAUGCAUCUAUCUGCAGAUAGAAAAUGAAAUCAGUUUGCCCUUCAGCA